AUGUUUCAGGCAAACAAUGUCUACUUCAUCUGCGCAUUUGCCGCCAUUGGUGGUGGACUGUUCGGCUUCGACAUCAGCUCCAUGAGCGGUGUCCUGGGUACCCAAGCCUACAAGCGGUACUUUGGCAACCCGGUCUCAUACCAACAAGGCGGCAUCACUGCUUCCAUGCCCGCUGGCUCUCUUGUCGGUUCGCUCGCAAGCUCUUUCAUUGCCGACAAGUACUCUCGGAAGGUCGCGCUCCAGGUUGCUUGCAUCCUGUGGAUUAUCGGCUCAAUCAUCCAAUGUGCCUCCACGGGCGUUGGCAUGCUUUGCGCCGGCCGUGUCAUCGCAGGUCUCUGUGUCGGUAUUGCCUCUUCCAUCGUCCCCGUCUACCAGUCCGAAGUCGCCCCCAAGGAAAUCCGCGGUCGCGUUGUCUCUCUGCAGCAAUGGGCCAUCACCUGGGGCAUCCUCAUCCAAUACUUCAUCCAGUAUGGUGCGGCGCAAGUUGGCGGUGGUCCAGACGAUCUGAACCAGCCCGAGGCCGCCUUUCGCAUCCCGUGGGCCAUCCAGAUGAUCCCGGCUUUCAUCCUCCUGAUCGGCCUUUUCUUCUUUCCCUACAGCCCGCGCUGGCUGGCGUCGAAGGAUCGCUGGGAGGAGGCGAUCAAGGUGCUUGCGCUGCUGCAUGCCAACGGUGACGUCAAUCAUCCCAAGGUCCUGGCCGAGUACAAGGAGAUCGAGGAGGCGCUGCGGUUCGAGAAGCAAGAGGCUGUUUCUAGCUUCAAUGCCUUGGCUCGGCCGCGGAUUUUCAAGAGAGUGUUGCUGGGUAUGAGUAUCCAGAUGUGGUCCCAGCUGUGCGGAAUGAACAUCAUGAUGUACUACAUCGUCUACAUCAUGGAAGCUGCCAACAUCGCGUCUCCCCUGACCACCGCUUCGAUCCAAUAUGUCAUCAACGUCGUCUUGACCCUCCCGGCAAUACUCUACCUUGACAAGUUUGGACGCCGGCCUGCUUUGAUCUUCGGAGCUUUCUUCAUGAUGGUGUUCCUUUUCACUUCUGGUGCACUCCAAGCCGUGUAUGGCCAACCGAGCGCAAGCAGCGACGUCACCUGGAUUGUAUUGGACAACACGCCCGUCUCAGCCGGCAUAAUCGCCUGCUCGUACCUCUUCGUCGCCGUCUUCGCCACGACCUGGGGCCCGACUUCCUGGACGUACCCGGCCGAGAUCUUCCCGUCCAAGGUGCGCGCCAAGGCGGUCAGCCUGUCAACGGCGUCGAACUGGUUCUGGAACAUGAUCCUGGCCUUCGCGGUCCCGCCGCUGCUCUGGAGCAUUAACUGGAAGAUGUACAUGAUCUUCGCCGCGUUCAACGGUGCUGCUUGUGUGCAUAUGGCCCUGCUCGCGCCUGAAACCAAGGGUUAUACGCUGGAGGAAAUGGAUGAGGUCUUCGACUCGGGCCUGCCGGCCUGGAAGACGCGCACCAAUCCCAGUCACCUCGAUCAGCUGCGCGAGGAUAUCGAGAAGGGCGAGCUUAACGUUGCUGUUCCGGGAAAUGGUGGUGGCAAUGCUAUGGCUGCGACUACGGCUGCUACUACGACGACGGAGAAUGCGGCGACUUCGCCUGCUGCUGGGGAGGACAAGGAGACUAAGGCUGCUGUCUAG